AUGAGUGGAACUAAGAUGCCCACUCGGCGACGUGGACCUCCAACAUUUGGGGGCCCUCCGAAGUAUCCCCCUGAAGUUUUUCAGUACGACGGGCGGAUACAGUCUGUUACCUCCGAAUCAGCGGCGACCGCAUCAAUUCCAUCUAACGCCUCGGGAGACUUGACAGAUGAGAUUAUUGAAUUUGUUUCUCAAAACUCCACAGCUGGGGUUCCUCCGCGAAAAAAGCAGAAGUUAAAUGGCGGUCAUACAUCAGAUGAUGGUUGGCUUAAAUUACUGGAUAUUAACAAGCAUUCGCAACUUGAGCACAUUGUCGUCAACAAAUGCGUUUGGGAUAUUCAGUGUUCAAGCUCAAAGCUUUCUAAUCUGGUAACACCGGUCACUAGGAAGGCAACCAAUCCAGUUGUAAAUUUUAGUCGUUUCCCUAGAAAGCCUAUGACUAUUACUAUUAAUAAUGACACACGGACGGCUAUCCUUUAUGCAAUACUACCAGAAGACGAGUCGGCUCACAAAGACGUUCGGGUGGCUAUGAUUGUGGCACAUGAUUCGAACAAGUGGGCAAAAGAACAGGGUAGACUGUGGACAGAAUUCGGCGUCCAGCUACGCCACGAUAACGGGCAUGAUACCAUUCGCCUGUUAUUUGCCAUUAAAUGGAACAUAACAGCUUCGCCUUAUUCCGCUAUCUCGGCAGUGAAAAGAACGGAAGCUGUGAGGGAGGUUUUGAAUCGAUAUUUCCCAGAUCCCAAUGUUCACAAAAGUGAUGUUUGGAGUCCGCAAGACUUCUACCAGAGCGCUCACACGCCCGAGAAAGACGAUUCAAUCACGGACUCAUUAGUGGUUCCUGAGUUGGAAUCCGAACUCUAUCCGUUUCAGAAAAGAACAGUACAAUGGUUACUUAGGAGGGAAGGCUACGAAUGGUCGACUACCUCCAAACAAGUGGUUCCACACACUACUGCAGAAUCAUCGUUACCACUUUCUUUCAUUUCGGUGACUGACGCCAUGGGUCAACCAUGCUACGUAAGUCAUUUACUCAGUCUAGUUGCUUUGGAUCUCAACCCGUUUCGGGAACUAGAGCGCGACACACAUGGCGGAAUUCUCGCGGAAGAAAUGGGCCUUGGUAAAACGGUGGAAAUGGUUUCUUUAAUAACCUUAAAUCGCAGGUCCAAGGAGGAGAGAGGGCAAGCGUUUGACGUGUUCACUGGUACUCAGGUUCGGCAGACUGCUGCUACCCUCAUCAUCGCACCGCCAGCUAUAUCGCAACAAUGGGUUUCCGAAAUCAACAAGCAUGCACCGCAUCUCUCAGUAGUUUAUUAUGAGGGUAUCAGGGCGUCCAACGAGUUGAUGACAGGCCCGGAGCUUGAAGAUCACUUAGCAAGCGCAGAUGUUGUAGUAUCUACCUACAACGUUUUGGCAGUCGAGAUACACUUUACACAGCUCAAUCCAGAGAAAUCCUUACGCCAAAAGUCCAAAUAUCCACGCCCAAAAUCGCCUCUAAUGACUCUUCAAUUUUUCAGAGUCGUAAUGGACGAGGCUCAGAUGAUAGAGAGUGGUGUGAGUAACGCCGCCGUAGUUGCGAGAAUGGUACCUAGAGUGAACGCUUGGUGUGUGACUGGAACUCCAGUCAGGAAGGAUGUUACAGAUCUACUUGGUCUUUUGGUCUUCCUUCGUUAUGAACCUAUUGCUUCGACAAAACACAUCUGGUCAUCCCUUACCACUUCUCACAAGCAAGAGUUUCGAAAGUUAUUCUCAAAGAUCGCCCUUCGCCAUAGCAAAAUGAGUGUUCGAGACGAGCUGAAACUACCGCCACAACGGCGGUAUGUAAUUACAAUGCCGUUCACUGCCAUCGAAGAGCAGCAUUAUCAGGGACUAUUUGAUCAGAUGUGUGAAGAAUUAAAUUUGGACAAUUACGGUACACCUCUUGACGAUGAGUGGAAGAUAGAGGACUACACUGAGAUUAUGCGACGAUGGUUGGUAAGAUUGAGACAGACUGCUCUGCAUCCCGAGGUUGGUGGACGCAAUAGAAAGGCCCUAGGGCACAAAGACGGACCCCUAAGGACCGUUGAUCAAGUCUUGGAUGUGAUGAUUGAGCAAGCGGAUUUCGCCGUUCGAACCGAACAGCGGAUACUACUCGUCAAAAAGUUGAGGCGUGGACAGCUAUUCGAGAACUCCCCAAGAGUGAAGGAAGCUUUAGAGGUUUGGACCGAAGCAGCUGCUGAGGCUCAUGCGAUUGUGGAAGAGAAUCGGCAACUACUUCGAGAAGAAGUUGACCGCGUAUCAUCUAACAAGAAGCCCGCCGACGGAGCAGUGAAAUCUAAUAUCAUCGACGAAACGGAUAACUCAAGCGAUGAUGAAAUGGAAGGUGUUGAUGCAAAUUCUCGUUUAGGCAUACUUCGAACUCGUUUGCGAUCCGCACUUGAGAUGGAACACGUCGCAAUGUUCUUCUGCGCCAACGCUUAUUUUCAAAUCAAAUCUAACAAAGAUUUCACAAAACCUGAUUCACCAGAUUUCGAGAGGCUGGAAAAGCUUGAGACUGAAGGUUAUGAAUCUGCGAAAAGGCUGAGACGAGAGAUACUUCAGGAUAUCCAUGGUAAAGCCGAGAGGCGCAUGAAGAAGAUAGCAAAAAGAGCUGAUAGCCAAACAUUCGUGCAGAUUCCAGAGUUUCCUUCCAACCUUCCUAAGGGUGGUCUCGAGAGUCGUCGAAUAAUGGAACAACUCGAUGCGCUUGGUGUCGCACUUGAUGCCCAGGCGAAUCAAUUGGAUGAGUGGAGAGAAGAAACCAUACAAUUUCUCCUUCGACCUCUUGUCGAUGAAGACGACGGAUUAGAAAUUACUGGUGACGAGUAUGAAGAGUCCACUAAAACACAAGAUGAAGUAAUGGUGUAUGUGCAAGCAUUACGCGCGGUAAUCGCGGACCGGCACGAUGCUCUUACUGGGCAAGAGAACAAACUUGUUGAGUACGAAGUUAAAACUGCUUUGCGUCUUGCUAAGGAAGGUGGCGGGGCCUUCCCUGAAAAGACAACAGAGCUUCUAGGUAUUCGAGAGCAACUCAAGCCGCCAAAGUCUCUGGGCUUUGUGCGACGCGUAGUAGCUGAACUCCGUGCUUUGGCAACAAGUUUACGAACAGAUUCACAGGCUGGCAAUUCAAGAGCGCAAAACGAACUCUCGAUAGUUGAAAAGCAACUAAAGACUACACAGAAGCAGUUGAGUGACCAAACAAAAGCAUUGGCUGGAUUAGAGAAAGAAAUUGAGAGUUUUGCGAGCGUCAUGAACACUAGACUAGAGUACUAUAAACAACUACAGCAAGUCUCGGAUAUGGUGGCUCCGUAUGAGGGGCCGAACAACGACAAGACACUUGGGAAGUGGCUGAAAGAGGAAGAGAAGCUCGUUACUAAGAUCGCACAAGCAAAAUCGAAACGAAGAUACUUGUUGCAUCUUAAAAUGGAAGCGGCUAACCCACAGGAGCAGCGAAUCUGCGUUAUUUGCCGAGAGGGAUUCGAGAUUGGAGCACUCACAGUCUGUGGCCACCAGUACUGCAAGGAGUGUAUUCAGCUCUGGUGGAGUGCUCAUCGUAAUUGCCCCGUGUGUAAAAAGAAGUUGAUCCAAGCCGAUCUCCACGAAAUAACUUAUAAACCACAAGAACUUUCCAUCCAAGCAGAGGAAGUGCAAAGCCCAUCCCGGUCUCGCGCCGUUUCCUCCAAGUCCAAGAAAUCUGCGAUCUACUCCGAAAUUUCCAAAACUAAACUUGCCGAAAUUAAAAACAUAGAUCUCGACGGCCCGUCCUUUACCACAAAAGUCGAUACCUUAGCUCGCCACUUGAUCUGGCUUCGAGAAUCAGAUCCUGGCGCUAAAUCAAUCAUCUACUCCCAAUUCAAGGACUUCCUCGAUGUCCUCGCCCUAGCCUUCAAGCGCUUUCGAAUCGGCUUCUCAUCCAUCGAUAAACCCCGUGGCAUCGAACGCUUUAAAGAAGACCCAAGCGUUGAAUGUUUCCUUCUCCACGCGCGUGCCCACUCUUCAGGGCUUAAUCUCGUAAACGCAAGUCACGUAUUCUUAUGCGAACCACUUCUCAACACUGCUUUAGAACUCCAAGCCAUCGCACGUGUUGAUCGAAUCGGUCAACAUCAGGAAACUAACGUCUGGCUUUACCUUGUCGAUGGAACGGUCGAGGAAUCAAUCCACACUCUCUCGGUAAAGAGGAGGAUGCAACAUCUCCCGAAUCACCCUCAAAUCUCUAGCCGAAAAGGCAAGGAAAGGGAAAGUGACGAAGAGGUUUUGGUCACCGAACUUGAAGAAGCGAAUUCCAAAGAAUUGGAAAUGGCGGGUUUGAAUAAGUUGCUUGCGAAGGGGGGGAAAGGAGGGGAAAUGGUUGAGGAGAAGGAUCUUUGGGAAUGUCUUUUUGGGGGUGCGAGGGGAGGUAGAGGUGGGAAGACGAUUGUAGCUGGGUUUGACGGGGAGGUUGAUCGCUUUUUGAGGGCUGAGGCGGCGGGGAUGAGGAGGAUUGAGGAGAGGGAGAAGGGAGAGAGUUCUGCUUCGGGAUCUUCUUGA